CACUCGAAGGUCCGAUGGUCUAUCUGAUCAGACUUCCACUCCCCUCGGGAAAUAUCAAGGCAGCACCGUCUGCGGCAGGAUCGCGAUCCGAUUCUUACUCCAGUGUAUGCCUCGCUGCAGGAACAGCGUAUUCCGUGCAAUUAACCCGAUACCCCUGUCGCCUCCCGCGCGGAGACACCGCAUCGCCUCACAGAUCGAAGAUCAAAGAAUUCUCUGAUAAUCAGUCAAUUUAUCAAAUACACGCUACUGACUCAUCAGGUGUUAUUCAUGUGCUAUUUCAGGGGGUGUAUUUCUCCGAACAUUAACCACGAACGCUUCAGGGUCCGAUCAAAAGGGGUUCUACGGCAUGCACAAGUUGUUAUGCCACAGCCGAGGCUACUUGCCAAGCCAACUUUCACCGAGCCUAGACAAAUGACACCGACAUUAGCAUGUCUUGACUGCUCGUAUUCGAGUUUCGUUACCAUCUUGCAGGAGCGUAACCCAAAUCAGCCGAACCUAACCAUGAUCGUAAUGAUUGAUAAGCGGAGGUGUAGAGUGCCGUCUCACACCCGGACAGUGACUAUUCCUGCAGCUAACUUCUUCAAUGUUUCUUCAUCUGCCCGCUCAGUCAAUUGAUCAAGACUAAGCGUGAAGACCAAAGCUUCAUGAUGACCUGUGCCUCGAAUCACAGUCCAGCAACCUUUUACAAAUUGUCAACAACGAAUUGCCCCGAAACAAAAG